CGUGUUUCAACCGGAAGUGACGCUAUCGUAGGAAGUGUUUAGCGAUGCGCGGGAGUUUAUUGUUGCUAUCUAGAGUUAGAGUUCGUAUUAAUUUUCCUCUUUCAUUUACCGGUAAAUAAAUAGCAGCACAGGGAUUUGCAUAGAAUGGCUCAGCUAAACGAAGUGGACUUACCGCCGAACCUGUCAUGUCUCAAAAGCAUAGACACUCUCCUUCGUUGUCCUAUCUGCUUUGAUUUUCUCAACAUCACCAUGAUGACCCAGUGUUCUCACAACUUUUGUUCUCUGUGCAUACGGAAGUUUCUCUACUAUAAGUUGUUGUGUCCUGUUUGUAAUUUGCCAUCAACAGAACAAGACCUGAGGAACAACAGAUUAUUAGAUGACAUAGUUCAGAGCUUCCAAGCAGCAAGGCAAAAAUUGUGUCACUCAAAUUUGGAAUCACCCCCUAUUUCACCUGAAACCCCGGCUAUGAUGAUCAAAGGCAAAGCAGCAAGACAGAAGGGCCUCAAAAAGGAAGCAAACACCCUCAGUCAUUUUUUCCAGAAGAAGACCCCUAUAACUGCCUCGUCAAGGACCCAAACAAGUCUUGAGGUUCACAUGCCAGUCAAAUCGAAACCUGUGGAGCUGUGUGUUCAACAGCUAGGCAGCAUCAAGCAAGAAAAUGUGAAAGAUACAACGGGAGUGGUGAAAGACGAAAAGAUGGAUGUAACUGCUUUUCCUUCCACGUCACAAAAUAAGCUGCUGGUUAAAGUGGAAUGUCCUAUCUGUGGAGUAGGUGUGUCCGAACAGCACAUUAAUAAACAUCUGGAUAUGUGCUUGAGCAGAGACGAUAAGAAGGAGGGAUUGAGACGUGGUGGAAGGCGAAAGGCGAUGCCUAAGCUCUUGUACACUUUGAUUUCUGUUCCAAAACUCAAGAAGAUGCUUAAAGAAUGCCACCUGUCCGCUCAAGGCAGCAGAGAACAGCUCGUGCGACGCCACCAGCAAUUCACCCACAUUUAUAAUGCACAGUGUGAUGCACUCAACCCCAAAUCAGCUGGAGAAAUUGCCAAAGAACUUGAAAACAAUGAGAGGUUAAGGAAUCAGUUGGAGAGUAAACGAAAACCUUUAAUCGUCACUACGAAGAAUCAGACAGCUGAAGAAAUUGAGGAGUUACACUCAAAGUACCGGAAGCAGCACAGUAGCGAAUUUUCCCGUUUGAUUGCCCAGGUCAGAGGUCGUCUGGAGACAUCCAAGAGAGCACAGAUCAAACAAGAAGAGAAGUCUACAGAGGAGACAGACUCCAAAGGUGCACCAAGCAGCAUUCAGAACGCUCCCCAGCCUCUCGUUUCUACAAUGCUGAAAGUAAAGAGUGAAGAGAUGGAGGGGGUAAUUGAGCUUCCAUCAAGAUCAUCAAGCCCUACAAUCAGUGAAGUGUCAGUCAGCAGACACAGCGAGUGAAUUCUCCUCUCCAGAAGUCCAGAGCAGCCGGUUACAGAGAGGUCUCGAUUCCCAUAGGGAAGAUGUUUGAAGACCCUGUGAAGAGACAUCCCUAGUUCAUUAUGUAACACGAGUAUCAGUUUUGAGGUUUUUCUGAGCUAAAUGUGUGGUCUAAAUGUCUGAUCCAGUUUCCCACAUAUUAUGUA